CGGGGCGGGGCUGCGCAGCACAGCGGCCCCGAGCCUACUCCAGGGCCGCUCUGGACACGCUACAGCCAGCCCGGUCCGCUCCCCCGGCCGCUACACGGAGGGGUGCAGAGCUGCAGGCCGCAGAUCUGCCCAGCCCCCCAGCCAGCUCCGGGACAACUGCAGGGCCCCAAUCCCAAUACUGGAUGGAGCGAGGGGAAGAGCUGCAAGUCCCAGAUCUCAGCAAAGGUGAGAGGCUGGCGAGCAUGGCUGGAGCAGAGGAUGCUGCAUCGGGAAGAGGCGGCACCAGCACUGAUGUGGAGCUGGUGGGAGUGUGGCACAAAGACCCUGCUGCGGGGGCAGAAGAAGCUGUGCGAGGAGGCAGUGCCAGGGUGGAGGAGGCUGUGCCAGGAGGUAGCGCUGAUGCAGAGCCGGCGCGGCACAGAGGCGCCACCGUCAGGUGGCCCUUUAAAUGCAGUGAGUGUGGGAAGAGCUUCCGGCAGAGUGCCACACUGACAAGGCACCAGCUCCUCCAUGCGAGCGAGAGGCCUUACAUCUGCACCACCUGCAGCAAAGGCUUUUGUGACCACGCAGCGCUGGCCACGCACCAGCGGGCGCACACAGGUGAGCGCCCCUUCCCCUGCCUGGCGUGCGGCAAGGCCUUUACUGGCAGUUCGGCGCUGCUGGUGCAUCAGCGAGUGCACACCGGUGAGCGUCCCUACCGCUGUGGGAAGUGCGGGCAGAGCUUCCGGCAGAGUGCCCACCUGGCACAGCACCAGCAGGGCGCCCACGCCAGCCAGCGCCCCCACGCUUGCGCUCACUGCGGCAAGAGCUUUGGGCUGCGCUCCACGCUGGCACGGCACUUGCAGACACACAGUGUUGAACGCCCCCACGCCUGCCCUGACUGCCCCCGCCGCUUCCGCCAGCGAGCCCACCUGCUCCGGCACCGGCUAGCGCACACAGGUGAACGUCCCUUCCCCUGCCCGAUCUGCGGCAAAGCCUUUGCCCUGAGUGCCACGUUGCUGCGGCACCAGCUGGUGCACACGGGUGAGCGCCCCUACCGCUGUGGGGAGUGCGGGCGCAGCUAUACACAGAGCUCCUACCUGCGCCAGCACCAGCGCAGUGCCCACGCUGGCCAGCGCCCCCAUACCUGCCCUGACUGCGGCCGUGCCUUUGCUGACCGUGCCAACCUCCUGCGGCACCAGCGGGGCCACACAGGCGCCCGACCCCACACCUGUGCUGAGUGUGGGCGGAGCUUUGCCCAGCUGGCACACCUACGGGAGCACGGGCGCACACACAGCGGGGAGCAGCCAUUCUGCUGCAGCCGGUGUGGCCAAGCCUUUGGGCACCGCUCAGCCCUGGCUGCGCACCAGCGUGCACACAGUGGAGAGCGCCCCUACCCCUGUACCCAAUGUGGGUGCCACUUUGCCCAGCUUGCCAGCCUGGUGGAGCACCGCCGGCGGCACACGGGUGAGAAACCUCACGAGUGCUCCCACUGUGGGCGCCGCUUCCGCCACCGCUCAGCCCUGCUUCGCCACCAGCGCUCCCAUGCCGGGGAGCGCCCCUUCCGCUGCGGGCAGUGCGGUCGCGGCUACACCCGCAGCUCCAACCUCCUGCUGCACCAGCGGGUGCAUGCUGCUGAGUGACAUCCCAGCCUCCAGGACAUCACCGGCAUCCGCUGACUCCCACACCCCUCAUGCUGGGAUGGUCCUGGCCUGGCCCUGACCAGACUCCACACUGUUGCAUGGCCACUCCCCUGCCCACUGCCCAGGAAUGGGGGUGGCUGGGCCAGGCCUGCGUUGCCUGGCCAGGUACUGAGUGUGAGUGAAGCUGCUGCCACCAAUCAUGGUUUCUCCAGCCCCAGGGUGGAGAGUGCGGCCUCCUGCUCAGGGGUGGGGCUCAGGGAAUGGGGACUGUGCCCAGGCAGUGCCAGACCCUGUUUUUCUCCCCUUUUGCUGGCUGGUGCUGCCUGGGCUGCUGCUCCAACACCCUGGGCCCUGCCGUGUGGCCCAGCCAAGCCAAAACCCGUCCUGCAGCUGCCCAGAUGUGUGCAGGGCGGGGGAACAGAAGCAGGGGGAUGCCAGUACUCAAUGCAGGCUUGUGGGAAACAGGAGGGGCUGGGUGGAGGGAUGGGGGCCUGGGCUGCGGGAGCAGCUUCUAAUGAAUUUUCUAAAAUGUUUUGUUACAAAGUGAAAAUAAACCUGUGAAAUUCCCAGGGGCGCUGUCGUGUCUGCAGUGGGCAGGCACUGGGCCCCACGGCCUGACUGCACCAAGCUCCCCGGAGGGGAAUGCCAGCUGGGCACAG